AUGGGAGCGGCGGAAACAGAGGGGAGGCACUUCACGUCGGAGGAGCUCCGUCGCCACAACUCGCGGUCAGAUCUGUGGAUCUCGAUACAGGGCAAGGUCUACGACGUCACCCAUUGGGUGAAGGAUCAUCCCGGUGGCGACCUCCCACUUUUGAGCCUCGCCGGUCAGGAUGUCACCGACGCGUUCGUCGCCUACCACCCCGGCGCCGCCUGGGCUCACCUGGACCGCUUCCUCGUCGGCCGCCUCGCCGACUACCGCGUCUCCGAGAUCUCCCGGGACUACCGCCGCCUCGUAGCCGAGUUCUCAAAGUCGGGACUAUUCGAGAGGAAGGGCCACGUGACGUUGUUCACCUUGAUCUCCAUUUUCGUGAUGUUCGUUGUGGCCGUGUACGGCGUGAUCGGCUCGGGGAGCACCUUGGUUCACCUGUUGUCCGGCGGCCUCAUGGGCUUCCUCUGGAUACAGUCAGGGUGGAUCGGUCACGACUCUGGCCAUUACCGUGUGAUGACGACGCCCGGGCUCAACCGCAUAGCCCAAGUUCUGAGCGGUAACUUCCUGGCUGGUAUCAGCAUCGCGUGGUGGAAGAGGAACCACAACGCUCACCACAUUGCCUGCAACAGCCUCGACUUCGAUCCGGACCUCCAGCAUAUGCCUUUUUUCAUAGUAUCCCCCAAGCUCUUCAAUUCCUUGAAGUCGUACUUCUACGACAGAAAGAUGGACUUCGAUGCCAUUACCAGGCUCUUGGUCAGCUACCAGCAUUGGACCUUCUACCCGGUAAUGUGCUUCGCCAGGAUCAAUCUCUUUACCCAAUCCAUAAUCCUGCUUGCCCAGAAAAGGGUGCCCAACAGAAAGCAGGAGAUUCUGGGCGUCGCUCUGUUCUGGGUCUGGUACCCUCUCUUGGUCUCUUGCUUGCCUAACUGGGGAGAGAGGAUAAUGUUUGUCGUGGCAAGCUUCUCCGUCACCGGAAUCCAGCAUAUUCAGUUCUGCUUGAACCACUUCUCUUCCAGCGUCUACGUUGGGCAUCCCGGUGGCAACGAUUGGUUCGAGAAGCAGACGAUGGGCACGCUUAACAUCACCUGCUCACCUUGGAUGGACUGGUUCCACGGGGGCCUACAGUUUCAAGUGGAGCAUCAUCUGUUCCCUCGCCUGCCCCGAUGCAACCUGAGGAAGAUUUCUCCUUUUGUGAGGGAGCUCUGCAAGAAGCACAAAUUGUCUUACUCGACUACGUCUUUCUGGGGGGCGAACGUCAGGACCAUCGCUACUCUCAGGGCUGCCGCAUUGCAGGCGAGGGACCUGGGAAACCCUGUUCCUAGGAAUUUAGUCUGGGAGGCAGUAAACACCCAUGGCUGA